AUGGGCAUGGGCAUGGGCAUGGAAGGCGGCGCCCAGGGCCGUCACUGGCUCCUGAUGCUCCGCUCACCCGAAGCUGCCACUGCGACGUGGCAUCACACUGUAGCUGCGCCGUGGAGGAGCAUCUGCAACAGCCUGGACUACGCGCUCGACAUCAGUGCCGACCGCCCCUUUGACGCACCGGAGGUUGUCGAGCGCCACCGUGUUGCCGCCGGGCUGGACGCGGCCGCGGCCGAGGAACUCGGCACGGCUGUCCGGAGCGUGGAGCCCCGGUCCUGCCGCGGCUGGGCGGUCGAGGUCUUGAGGAAGCUUCAGGAUAGGCUCCUGGUCCUCGACGUCUGGGUUGAGCGGCGAGGCCAUGGCUGGACCGGCGAUGGCGGCCUGGAAGAGAUCUCGGCGCCCAACACCCCUUUUCCCGGAUGA